AUGGCGAAGAAAGCCCUCAAAACUCUCGCCCAGCAAAACGCAGCCACCCUCGCCAAAACCCACUCCAUAUCCCUCGGCAUCAACAUUCUCUACCUCCUCCUCUCCCUCGUAGUCUUCCGGCGCCGCUCUAUCACCCGCUACAUUCUGCUCAACUUCCCCGCCCUGGUCAUAGAGUUCUGGUUCGAGCGCAUUGGCCGCCCGGCUAUCAACGAAGAUGGGUCUGUCAAGCAAGCAGGCGAAGACCUCGAGGCCAAGGGACUGACGGAGUGGAUGUGGGACGUGCUGUACUGGACAUGGGGCAAUGUCGUAUUGGUCGCGCUGGCGGGAGAUUGGGCAUGGUGGUUGAUGCUGACGCCGGUCGGGUAUAGUGGAUACCUGGCUUUCUCAACGUAUACGGGCAUGAGAAAGGGAAUGGAAGGCAUGAUGGGCGGGCAAGAGGACGCUGCUGCUGGAGGAGCUGCGAGUGGUGGACAGAGCAAGAGGCAAGCGAAGAUGGAGAAGAGAGGUGGGCAACGGGUGCAGUAUCGAUAG